AUGACCCAAAACAAAGAGUUAGCCGACGCUGUCCUCUUUUACGCCGUCAAACUGAAAAAUUCGCCACCACCACGUUUCAGGCGCAAGCCUGGCCAGAUCUGGGUUUUUCACACUAACGAGGCUCCGUCCAGAUUUUCUUGGUUCGUCAGUCUCAACAGAACUGGCAUUCGAGACCAGAUCAACUGGACCAUGACGCACAAACUGGACAGCGAUAUACCCAUUGUAUACGGGAGACUGAUGGAGAGUGAACAACUGGUGGAGAAGGACUAUGAUGAGAUCUACUCUGGGAAAUCCAGAACCGCUGCUUGGUUCGUCAGCCACUGUCCGGUGAGGUCCGACAGGAGCAUCUAUGUGGCCAGGAUGCAGACAAGAAUUGAUGUCGAUGGGUUUGGGGCAUGUGGCACUCUAACUUGUGGCCAGGCGGAGAAAAUCCCAGGAGUUGUUGCCUUGCGGAAUGACGCUGACAGGGACACUUGCUUCCCCUUGCUGUCCCAAACUUACAAGUUUUACCUGGCCUUUGAGAACUCGCUUUGCCAAGAGUACGUCACGGAGAAGUUCUUCAAGCUCUUCAACAACGUCGAUGUGGUUCCUGUCGUCAGGGGAGGUGCAGACUACAAGAGCUAUUUCCCACCUGGUACGUUCGUGGAUGCGGCAGAUUUUAGUUCACCGGAAGCUCUGGCUGAUUACCUUGACGACCUUGGUAACGACAAAUCAAGGUACAUCUCCUACCUCAGAAACAAAAACAGGUACCAAGUUGUGUGGGAUUCCCCGACCUGGCAGUGCAAGUUGUGUGAGAAGCUUCACGUUGAUCGUCAAAAGAAGACCUAUAAGAACAUCCACGCCUGGUUCACCACAAACUCUUGUGUGGACCCCAAGGAUUUUCACUGA